UUUUUUUAAAACAAUGCCUGACAAAUCUAUAGAUGAACAACUUCUGGCUCGUGCUAUUCUUGACCUUGAAUUGAAGCUCAAACAUGAAAUUCGUCAGAAUAGCGCUGUGAAGCUUGCAAAAAUUGACAAAUAUUAUCAGCAAAAGGAGAAUCAGUUAAUGCUGAUUGAGGAAAAGGUUUUAAUUUUUUACUAG